AGGGCUCCGAGGCUAAAAUGGGAGCUUCAGCAUCAGCCUCAUCAAGUUCUACUCCACAGCCACAGUUAUCUAAUGAAUUUAUAAAGACAAGGCCAACAGAAUCUCCUCCCCCAGGAUGUCCAAUGCAUCAGAAAAAGAUGGAAGACAUGGGGACUUCACCUUUAACCCCAUCAAGUGCUCCUCCACAGUCAUCUACUGACUCCACAAAGACCCACCCAGCAGAAAGUCCAAUGCAUCAGAAAAAGAUGGAAGGCUGCCCAAUGCACAAAGAAUCUAAGCAAAAUACUGAAAACUGUUCUGGCCCUGUACAUCAAGAAGAGGCCUAUGCAUAUGUUCAGUGUCCAAUGAGAUCAGGAGCAAAGGAUGACAUUGAUCCCAGCAAUAUGAUGCCACCUCCAAAUCAGACUCCAGCUCCUGGCCAGCCAUUCAAUUUGUCUCUGGAAAGAGAAGAAUCCACCAUUCCACGAUCCAACACUGAAAAAAACUGGAUAUACCCAUCUGAACAGAUGUUUUGGAAUGCUAUGCUAAGGAAGGGAUGGAGGUGGAAAGAGGAUGAUCUUAAACCUGAUGAUAUGGCAAACAUUAUCAAAAUUCACAACAAGAACAAUGAGCAGGCCUGGUCAGAAAUUCAGAAGUGGGAAGCCCUCCACGCCAAAGAAUGCCCUUGUGGCCCUUCAUUGAUUCGGUUUGGUGGAAAAGCAAAGGAGUAUUCUCCAAGAGCACGGAUGCGCUCAUGGAUGGGGUAUGAGCUUCCAUUUGAUCGUCAUGAUUGGAUUGUUGACCGCUGUGGAAGAAAAGUUCGAUAUGUUAUUGACUAUUAUGAUGGAGGCGUAGUUGAUAAGAACUAUCAAUUCACUAUUUUAGAUGUCCGUCCUGCAUUUGACAGUAUGAGUGCCAUCUGGGACAGAAUGAAAGUGGCUUGGUGGCGUUGGACAUCAUAGCCUUUCAUCUGAAAGCCUGUUAUAAAGUUUGAAGCUGCUUUAUAUCUAUACAAGAUCAGACAACUGCAAAAAAAAGUGGACUUAUAUAAGUGCAAUUUGAAAAUAAUUUACUCUGUAUUUAAGUGUAUAUAUAUAUAUAUAUGUAUAUACACAAAAGUCAUGAAUAUCUUGUAAAUUAUAUCCUUAUAAACGGUGAGUUCUGAUGUCAUUUCUGUCACAUGACUCACCGAAACUUGUGUAUUAUAAUAAAUAAAGUACCCCCAGUUGCAAAAUAUGAGGAUAUUAGAAGUUACCUCGGAGUUCCAUGACCUGUAUAAAAACACUCGGCCUUUGGUCUCGUGUUUUUAUAUGGUCAUGAAACGCCUUGGUAACUUACAAUAUCCUUAUAUGUAUUUUACAAGAGGGGGUACUUUAUUCACUAUAUAAUAUCACUUAAAUACAGAGUUAAUUAUUAUAUAUUAGAGAUAUAGUUUGUUACUAUAUGAAGUGUGGAAGAGGAACUCCAGUCUGUCCGUAUGUUUAUGAUGCAAAAUAUGCUAACUCAACAUCAGCUGUGAUAUAUAUGAUUUUACCUAAAGAUUGUUGUUGCUCUUGGGUGAGAUUAAUGACUUGAUGCUGUUAUUGCUCUUGCACACGAGUGUCUCUUGCUCCAUUCCCUGCGGUCAAUUUUAAUGCGUUUCACCGCAGGGAAGUGCAACAAGAAACACAUUCUAUUCUUUUCAGUGAGCCAGUGCUCACACAGGUGCUCAUAAACGACGAACAUAGGUGGAACGCUCAUAUGUAAGAGCCUUUAGAGAGAACCUCAGUUGUUACUUGGGUGUGCUAUCAUGCUGCUUAGAGAUGUAUAAGUAUUUCAAUGCAGGUAACAGAAAAGUGCAAUCACUCAUUACACAUGAUUUGCACCCUACGUCCUUUUGAAAUGCUGGAAGUUUAGUUCUGCGCCAUCUUUAAUGCCAAUGGUUGCAGGGUUUAGUUCUUGGAGCAUAACAACAACAAAAGGGGGAGUUUUACCGAGUGCAUAAACAAAAAAUAAAGCUUUUGGGCUGGUUCAGCCUUUUCUGUCAA